UUUACUUACGGUAAUUCUGUACGAAAUCUGCCGUGGCCGUAGGAAUUUCGAGAAAUAUCCCAAUUUUUACAACUUUGGUCUUUUAAAUAUAUUCCAGGUUCCGACUAGCUUCUCCAUUCUAAUUGAUUACAGGAAGUGGUUCCAGGAAAGCCUUUGAUCUUAAUGUUGGAUUUAAGCCAAUGCAUGGAGAGGGGAACUAGUUAGAGCUGAUGUUGAUAUCCAUCAACCAACGAAUCACAUGCUUACUUGGAGACUAGCACCUGACAACCUUAAUUAAUUGAGAAAUCUCUGCUUUAGUACAGCAUUGCUGAAUUCUGAAUGGAAUUUUAAUUGUGUUGAUCUACAAAGCAAAUGAGAUGGCAUUGUCAACGAUGAAAGCAUUUCAACCAGGUAUCAAGCAGGCUUUGAAUUUUAAGAGAGCUUCAAAAAGCUGGAGCCUAGCUGUUACUUUCUACCGUCCUCAGAGCAAUUUCUCAGCUGUCCAUGAAUACAGCCCAGCAAAGGAAAAGUCCAGGCCAGUUGUGUCCUUUUACAACCAGAGUGCAAUCGAUGUUGCUGCAAAAAAGCCCUCUGUUCGUCUAACACCAGCUACCCUCCUGUACACUGGGAAGUCACCUGAUGGCAAUCAUCUAUUGAGGAGUGCCCAAUAUCUACACAAAGAGUUGCCAGUGCGGGUAGCACAUCGUAUUGCAGAAUUCCGUGGUCUACCCUUUAUCGUUGGCUGCAAUCCCACAAUCCUUCAUGUUCAUGAACUCUACAUCCGUGCAUUCCAUCUUCUCUCAGAGUUUCCAUCAAUCCGAGACAUGGAGACAGAGAGACAGUACUGUAAGAUGGUGAAGACACUAUUAGAUGACCACAAAGAUGUUGUAACCCAUCUAGCUGAAGGCUUCAGAGAAUGCAGAAAACACAUCACAGAUGAGAGCCUAAUACACAAUUUUUUGGAUCGCGUCCUCACUUCAAGACUAGGUAUUCGGAUGCUGGCAGAACAUCAUCUAGCUCUUCAUCAAGAUAAGAAUGACUCCAUUGGCAUCAUUGCCACCAAGAUGGCCCUCAAGAAAGUCAUUGAGAAGUGGGUCUCAUUUGCAAGAGAGCAAUGUGAGUUGCGGUAUGGCUAUGCUCCUAGUGUGAAGAUCAAUGGACACACUGGGGCCACUUUCCCGUACAUCAUCCAGCCCUUAGACUACAUGCUUCCAGAACUUCUCAAGAAUGCCAUGAGAGCAACAAUUGAGAGUCACUUGGACACACCAAUGAACCUACCAGAUGUUAUCAUUACCAUAGCCAGUAAUGACAUCGAUUUCAUCAUUAGGAUAUCAGAUCGAGGAGGAGGUAUCCCUCAUUCCAUGUUGAAGAAGGUGUUUCAGUAUCACUUCACUACAGCUAAUGACGAUGAGAGUGUGAGUGAUAAUGGUGGAGCAUUCGGUACUUUGAUGGAAGCCGUUAAUCAGACUACAGCUGGGCCUCUCUGCGGAUUUGGAUUUGGACUACCAGUAUCAAAGGCAUAUGCAGAAUACCUAGGAGGAUCAAUAUCACUGGAGACCAUGCAAGGAAUCGGAACAGAUGUCUUCCUCAGAUUGAGGCACAUCGAUGGCAAACAAGAAAGCUUUAGGAUUUAACUUCAGCAUCAUCAAGCUCCCAAAUCAUCAAAAAGAGCCAUGACAUCUUAAUAUUCAGACCCUUUGGCAUCAUGUCAAUUCGUGGUACCAGUAUUCCCUGGUUGUUGGCUAGUCUUAUACCAAAAAGAUGCAAGUACCAGAAGUUUGUGUUUGUGAGAAAGAUGAUUAGAGAAAGGGCCAUUGAUGCUUUAUAUUCAAAGACUGAAAAUUGUACACUGGUACAUUUAUUUAUGUGAUGAAAACCAUUUCCAAAGAAAAGCUGUAAAAUUGCUGUUUGAGAUCACAUUUGAUCUUGUUUGUGCAGAUAUGUAAAUCCAGUGGAUAUUCAAAGCUUCCUUUCUGUAUUCUUAAAAUCAUAUCUAUCAUUCACCUGUUUGUUUUUACCCUGUUGAAAUGAUUUCCAGUAGAUUACUAUGCAUCAAAAUGACCUUAUGAUAGGAUAAAAUGUAAAACAGUGAAAUAAAAUAAGUCUCUGAAAUGAAACUGAUAGGUGACAUUACUAUUACGAUAAUUACCCAAAUUUAGCAUGCAUGGUCAAUAUGGUCAUUGACAUAGAACAAAGAAAAUUGCCACAUUUUAGAUCUUUGAACUUAAUUGACCAUUUGUUGAUCCAAGUCAACUUUAAGAUUGAUUUUCCUGUCAAGAAUACUAGCUUACACCCCUUUUGAAAUGUUAGAUAAUAUUUUUGUCUGUAGUUGUUCUGACCUUCAAUUUACCCAUUAACAACUCAUUAGACAUUACAAUGUUACCAUUGACUUAUGCUGCAUUAAAUAAUUUUUUCUUCACCAAAUCUUUCAACUAGAAACUUAAUGAAACUUGAUUUGUGACAAUGUGUCUCUUGUGACCAAGAUAUUUGCUAGACAAAGAAUUUAUGUUGUCAAGUUUUAUCAAAAUAUGGUGAAAAUAGGCUGAUUUAAUGGUUUUAACUUUUUGUACAUUCAUGGGUUGUCUUUUGAGGUAUGUUUUAUUAUCACUAUGUCAUAAUCAACCUGUAGUGUAUGUAAGAAAUUGCUCUAAAGGUUUGUUUGAUGUAGACUAAUAUGACAUUGUUUUCAUCUCUCCGUUCAAUUAUAUGAAGAUCAUUAUUUUUUUCAGACAGCAAAGAAGGGCUUAAGUACAUGAGCAUAUAUCUAUGUAUAAGUAUAAAAGAGAAUAUGUUAUAAGCUUGUCGUAAAUUAUUUUAGCUAAGUUAUAUUAAAUGAGCUCAGGUAAUGUAUAUUGCCAUAUUUGGAUUUGGUGCUAGAAGAUGUAAAGCUAGUACCGUAUGCAUAAAACAAAAAAUCAAAGUGUGCAUCUCAAUAGGGUUAAAAAGUAACUCUUACCAGUAAAGAUUUUACUUUGCAAAUCAAAUGUUAUUGUUUUAUCUUAAUAUUAAGAGCUUAAAAUGUUUAGGAGAUAUUGCAAAAAUAAUUGCAUUCUCUGUAGGCAAAGAGGUAAUUUGUGAGUAACAUACUAGUGUCAUGUCACCAAAAUGAAGGCUGAUGCAGAACUCGAUCAACAUAGAGAUUGAUCCUGCUUGCAAAUGUUAUUGUUUUGGUUCAUGUUCGAGAUCUACAAUGCCAAGUACUAUAUCUACAAUGCCAAGUUCUAUGAAGCUUCUUUCUUACACUUCAGCAAUUAACAUGUUCCAUUAUCUGGUGUAAGUAAAAGAAAAAAUAUAUGUACAUAUAUGACUUGGAAACAAAAUGUUCUGGGAUAUUUGGUGAACAGUUGUAUGUAUGCUGAGGUCAGUUCACGGAUGUAGCUGCAGUGACUAAAUUUAAUGAACAUAGGCUGAACCAGAGAAUUUUUAGAAAUAUGUGUUCUCUUGUAUGUUUUUCUUAAAAACUAAAUUUCAACAAUCAAUGCAUUCAUCAGUUUAAAUGAUUUAUUUGUAAGGCAUAUGAAACAUUGCCCACUAUGUGGAAUGCUUAACUUAUAGAAAUAUUGUUAUUAAUAUUAUCAUAAUUAGAGGUAUUCCAAUCGAGCGAAUCAUAAACUUACCUGAUAUUGAAACAAAGAGCAUAUUUUAUGGGUGGGACAUAUAAACUGAUAUACUGGAAGUUUUUAAUCAUAAUUUAUUCAUUUGUACCAUUUAUAAAAUUUACCUUUACUCAAAAGCUUAUUUUUAAAGAUAUGAAAACAGGAUUUUUUUUAUUUAAAUCUCAUACAAUUGCACCUAGUUCAAACAUGGCAAGGCUCAGCUCAGCUAAGCUAAAUUUCAAAUUUACCCAUGGUGAUACAAAUGCCCCUUUUUGUGCUGCACAGGAGCAUUUCAUGAAAAACAUUGUUGGUCGUAAUUAUAAUGUUGAGAGUGUUUCCUAGCAUCUUGGAACAAACAUAAAUGUCCACUAAAAUUCUUUGAAGAAUUUGAUUGGUUCUCAACAUUUUUGUAGUCUGGAUAAAAUGAAAUGUCUCUUGAAUCUGAGGAAACAAAAUUUGUACCUCAUAUCCCAUUGAACACAAAAUGAUGCUGAGAUGUGCUAUUUUUGAAUUAGCCUUUACAUGUAGAUCUUGCCUUUAUUUGUUACAUUUGUCUUUUUUUAGGUCUUGAUGCAUCUAAAUAUUGCUGAUAGUGAAUUUAUUUUGAAUGAAUAUUGUUUUAUAUUUUGUGUUUGUUUCAUUUGUUGAAUACUUUGGUUUUAUAUUUCAUGUUGCAUGUAGACAAGGGAAUAUUUGUGUUAGUUAUUAAUUUUCUUUCCCCUCCAAGUCAUUGUAUUUCACUCAUUAGCAUCAGGUAUGUAGUCCAGGCUGGUACUUUGCCGGAGUCACAAGGCAGAUGGGGAAAAUCUUCUCCAAUAGACUUUGUACAAGUGACCCGGGCCAAGUCGGAGACCAUGGCUGGCAAAAUGUGGCCUCGAGGCCGGUCCCAACUACAUCCUUGAUUAGCAUGGAUGGAUCCGAUGCCUGGUGUACAGAUACAGGAUACUGGCCUUCCAUGGACUUUGUAGACUUUGACCAAGGCCAGCAAAUAUGGCCUCAGGGCUGGCCUUCACCAUAAAUAGAGUGAAAUUUACUUUAUUUUGGAAGAAACAAAUGUAAAUGUCUGGCAUGGAAUUUACAAGUCUAAUUCAGGAGGAAAUACAGUGUUUAAUUUUAAUUCAUCCUUCAUCAGACAAUUAGUCUAGAUUUUCAUGCCACCUAGAUAUUCAGUACUUUUUAAAAAUCAAGACCUGUGUGCUUUUACUCAUAGAUGGCUAUAUUACCUGUGUGCACACAACAUAUUCUCAUUUAACACUGCUAUGCAUACAUACACCUUGUAGUGCAAUGGGUUUAGCUUUCUUUUAACUAAUUUAUUUCCAAAGGAGAGUCAUUGGUCAUUAUCAAAGAUUUCCCCUCUCCUUAUGCAAAAAAAAAUAUUAGAACUGUUAAGAUAUCAUUUUAUUAGUAAAUUUAAAUUUCAGUUUUACAUGCUUAACCAUACUCAUACAAGAUACAAUGGUGUGAUUUUUUUUGGAAUAUGCUUGUCAUGGUUUGAUUUUAUAACAUUUGAAUGAUCAGUUUAAAGUCUUAGACUAGUCCUAGCAGAAGAGCAUAACCUUUUCUCUUUGUCUUUCUGUCUGAUGGAAACUGAGUAUUAAAGAUCUUGUGUUUUAUUUUAUUUUAGUCACACCCAUCUUAAUUCAUUCAUGAGCUAGAAAGAGUAGUACUAUAGAAAAAUCUGUAUUCUUUUGCGCAAAGUUUUUCAUUGUUUAUGCCACCUUGCCUGAAGUAAAUUAUUUAUUUCUCUUAAGAGGUUUUUUCUUUUCUAUUCUUCAUGCGGUCUAGUGAUAUGUAACUGAUUAAGACUGUCAAGUAUUAUUGGCAUUUAUUUUUAUCAUGGAAUUUAUGUUUUCAGAGACACAUCCUGUUAUGCCUUUGAGUUUUGAAAAAUAUAUAUAAAUAGUAAUUAACAACCUAUGUGUUCUGUUAAUUAAUGAUAAAGCAAUUAUAGUACAUGGUACAAAAUUAGCAUUGGGGAGAAAUCAGUACGUUCAAUGUCAAUCAUUUGCAUGAGUGUGCUUUAUUAUGGAAAUGGCGUUAAAUCAUUUAGCAGGAAAAAUGUGAAUUGACAACACCCUGGUUUUCAAAUUUAGGGGAAAAAUCAAGUAGUGUUCUGUCUAAAUUUGCCUAAAAUCAUCCCUACAAUCAAUCACUAAAGCUUGAUGUGGUGAGGCCCUCUCUAUCUUUAAACCUAUGUUUAACACAUUAUUUACACAAGGGUAUUUUCAUCACCUUGAAUCACAUCUUCAAAUUGCUGAAAAGUGUGCAAAUCCAUCUCUUUGGAAUGUCUCCUCUUGCAUAACAUGAUGUUCUUGCGGGAUCCAGUUAACGAGUUAUUCUUGAUGAAUUACAAUAAUCCAACCUCUUGUAAUUCUUGUUAUAUUUUCAUAAAAACUUGAGAAUAAUUUUAUGUCAAAAUACAUAUUAGCUUGUGCACAGAGAUAUGCGCCGUUUGUGCAUCUGACAUCAUGCACCCUGAAUGAAGAUAUAAGAAAAGAUAAUACUAUUGUAUUGUAAGUGCAAAGAUACAAUAUUUAUGUGAAAACAAUAUCAGAAUAUGAAAUGCACUUGUAUUCUCGUAUUUAGGAUGUGGAGUAAAGCAAAAGCAAGAUUUCUUUCCAUAUUAGGAUGGCAUGAUGCUGGAUUCAAUGAGGUAAAAUGCAGGACUUUGGAGAGUGUUUUGAGCAUUUCAACUCUUGUAUUUUGCGUAUAGAGAAAGAGUGGACUUAAAAGGCAGCUUGUAUAAUGAACGUGUGAAAAUUGGAUUCAUUGAAAAAUAAUGGUUUGGAUGAAAGGUAGAUUUAUUCCUGUUAUAAGGAAUGAAAUAGGGCCUUAUUUUGUUGGGCAUGUAUUUUAAAGUAGAAUGGGUUUACAUGCUAUCUGGUAUUCAUCCUAGUCCAAGUUUCACAAAACUAUCCCAAGUUUUAAUGUUUGUGUGACAUCCAAAAGAAACAUCAAAUUUGAUAUGAUGGUUCUUGUGAAAUAGACCCCAGCUUUAUACCAUUAAACAUUAAAUGACAUGAAUAAUUGCAACAUGUAUCAUGUUGGUUUUCUUUCCUUUCUUUCUCUAGCAGCUACUACAGUUCAUGUAUUGUAAAAUAGCAUUUUAUGGUGAUUUUAAAGUGAAAACUAGUAUUGAAAAACAAAUAUUACUAGUAUGCCAAAUAUUGUACAUAUUGGAUAAGGUAUAUAAGAGCUUCGGGCAUUAUAUAGUAAUACAUGUACUCGCAGCAUCAAGCCAAUAGAAAAUAUUAAGUACAUGUUUAUGGCCUGAAUAGUGAUUUUCUAUCUCUUUACAUAUGUAUCUAAUUUGUGAAAUAUUUUGGAGGUAUAAACAGACUUUUUCAAAUGUAGCAUGUUCAAAGAUUUUAUUGUUUGAAUUAAUUCUUUCAUCUUUGCUGAUAACAACAAAAAACAUAAAUGAUAUCCAAAGCAAAAUGUGUUGAAUGCAGAAGAUAUUUGUUUUGUUAUAUCAAAGGUAACACUUUGCUAUGUUAUUCGUUAUUCAAAUUAAAUGUAGAAUUAAUCCCACAUUUGAAUGGAUAAACAUAUAUAACCAUAUAUACCCCAUGUUUUCCAAAAACUUUAGUGUAUAAAUGGUGAUUAUAAAUAAUCACAAGUAGGCCCAUAGUAGGCUUUGGUUUUGAGAACUGCACUUGAUAUAUACUAUUCUCCUAGUUUUCUAUGAAAUCAUAAAAUUACAGUAUUGCAUGCUUUGUAAAACAUGUAGUACCGUUUUUAAAUCUUGCUCUGAAUCACAAUGUUACAUGUCUUGUGGUGUAUAGGAUGUGUCAUGUAAUAUAUGUUUUGAGUAUUAAGACAGCAAUAAAAAAAAUGUAUGGACUGUAUACUACCUUAUUACUUUUCUAGGCCUUUUCAUAGAGUGCUUUAUCAUAGAAAUAUUUUGCUCGUCAUAGCUUAACAGGCAUUCAAGUCAAAUAUUCUCUUUGAGAUAACAUUAUGUAAUGCAAGCUUUGAGUGGCGUGUGUUGUAAUUACAGGUAAAGCAUCCAGGAAUAGCGAUCAAGUACUAUUGUGAAAGGUAUUACAGCUUUAAAAUGACGGGUAGUAAUACAAAACUAAUCUUCAAACUAGAUGUGUUGACAUCCCAAGUGGACAUGCGUUUCAUUUGGAUGUGGGUGUAUCUGAGAGAUUUGUGAAUAGUUUUGACCAAGUCAUUUCAUGGUACACCAUGUAUUCUUUUGUUGGCAUAUGUUGGUGCUGAAACUUCCCAAACUUGAUGUUUGUACAGUCGUGUUCUUGUCGUCUUCCGGAGAAUGCAACAAGAACAAAUGUUUGAAACAUUGAGUUUGGGUGAUCCUUUUCAGGACCAACAUAUGCCAAUGAAAGAGUACAUAGUGUACUGUGAAACCACUACACUCUUCUUCUCUGCCAUAGAAACCUUCAGAAGUUAGACCAAGUCAUUUGCUAUUUGUCUCCUUGACUAUGCUGAAUGUUAAAGUCACAUAAUUGUAUAACUUGUUUGCCAUACCUUUUUUGUCAUGAGUAAUAAUGAAAACAAAGAUUGCAUAAUCAUACAAUACUUCUUUGUUUCAUUUUAUUUGGUCCAAACCAAUGAUGAGCUGCAAGUGAUAUUGUUAUUUCAUAUAUACAUGUAUGUGAGAGUAAUUAUAUUAAAAGGCUUGUACAUAAAAGGCUGA